AUGCCUUCGUUUGUGAUCAAGCCUCGCGAGAGGCUAGCAAAGGAGAAGUUUCCGAAUUACUUCUCGGGCUUCAAGGUCCAGGCAUACCAGGAUCCGGCAGCGUCAAGAGGCAUGCAGUUCCACAACCCAGCAGCAGACAAAGACAAGGGCAAGGACCAGGAUACGGAUGAGGCAACUAUCAAUGGCGUGCGCACAAUAGCUUGGAACCCGCUGAGCUCACUGGUUGCAACUGGUUCGAGCGACAGGACUGUUCGCGUCUGGAACCCGGACAAGCCUGUCGUUCGGCAAUCUACAGAACUCAAGGGCCACACAGCAGCCAUCGAGAAAGUCGCAUUCAACCCCAUUAAGGACGCUGAGCUAUGUAGCUUAAGCGCGGAUGGUGCCGUCAAGUUUUGGGAUGUGCGGACAAAAACAUGCACAAAUGAGGUCCGGGUACCUGGCGAAGCAAGUACUCUUGUUUGGGCACCCGAUGGUGACUACCUGAUCGUGGGAGGGAAAGAGAAAGGCAGCAGUGACAGCCACAAGCUUUUCAUCCUCGAACGGACACUAACUGCACCGACGGCGGUCAACACGAUGCCAGCACGGACAAACGACAUGGCUUUUUGCUGGAGCGGGAAACGCGUGUUUGUCGCGACGGGCGACGGUCGCACACGCAUCCUCUCCUUUCCAGAGCUGGAGCCCGUCCUCAAGGUCAACCACACGGUCGGCGAAGGCGAGUCGGACGAGUUUUCGCUCAAGGGCCAUUCGGCGGAGUGUCUGUCGGUGGCUCUCAGCCCUACAGGACGGACAUUGGCGACAGGUGGCACUGACGCGAUAAUAGCACUCUGGGACACAACGAAGUGGACGUGCCAGCGAACAAUCACAACUAUGGCUGGACCAGUAAGGAGUUUAAGUUUCAGCUGGGACGGAAACUACGUGAUUGGUGGGAGCACAGAAGGUGCGGGACUGGAGGUCACGCAAACAGAAAGUGGUGAGCACGUCUACACGUUCAAAACUGCACAACCGGUGCCUGUUGUGGCAUGGGCGCCGACGCGGUUUUUCUUGGCAUACGCGGAGCUGGGCAGCUUGCGCAUCGUCGGCGUCGACACGGAGAGAAAGUACUAG